AUGAGAGAGGAUUUCCAGAAGCCCACAAGCAUCAAGUCCGAGAUUCUCAAGGCCACGAAGUUGAACAUGAGCGAGGGUUCGGCAAAAAUGUUGGUUGAUUCUGUCAACUUUGAAGGCUCUCUCCACGACAACCCCGACGAGACACUCRCCCAGCGGCGGAACUUUCCAUUCACAGCACGCACUCUCGCUGCUUCGCUAGAUCAGAAAUGCAGUUUUCAAGCGAUCAAGGGGUACGUUCAAAACUACCACGCAUCGACCGUGCAUGAUGGACUCUUGGAGAAAAUCAACAACCGACUCAUCAUAACUCAUGUAAUCCAACGCAACGACGCCAAGAUGCUGCGGAUCUUCCUCGAAUAUGAUGAGUCGGCAUGUUCUUCCGUCGAUUUCGGCGUGGUUCCCGUUCUCGCUUUCGCCAUAAUGCGUUCGAAAUGGUCCAACGACAACACCACAGACAUCGUCAAGACUCUUCUCGCUUUCGGCGCAGAUCCCAAUGUCAUUCCGCAAGAAUYGUGGGAGGAUUACAUCAAUACCCCAGUACCAGGAACCCUCACGAUCGAAUCCGACACUCCACGUCUGACAGCAUGGUGUACAGUCAAGAAGACCAAGAUUCUCGAACAGACCCUCAACCUUACCAUGCGAUACACUCUAUGGAAAGCCGCCCGCAUGGAACCCCCCCAACAAACGAAAACUACGAAAUCGCAAAAGCAAACAGUAUCCAACCCCUUCUUCGAAUCCCCCAUGUAA